AUGCCAAAUGAACAAGAUUCGUCUCAAGUUGUUACUCAAGCUUUUGGUGUUGGUAAUAGCCGUUUUUGCAUAGGGCAAAUGUCGGAAUUGCGUUUAAAGGAUGAUGAUUUCAAUGCGUGGGUUGAAAGGUUUGAGUUAUAUGUUAACUUUAAUGAAAUAAAUAAGCAUAAGAAAAAGUUAAUGUUUCUAACGUUAUUAGGGAAUGAUGGAUAUUCCUUAGUUCGUGACUUAUGUACGCCUAAAAAACCCUUGGAUCUUAGUUAUGAUGAUCUUAAACAGUCGUUGUCGGAUUAUAUUAAUCCUAAACCGAAUUUAAUAACAGAACGUUAUAAAUUCAAAGAGCGUAAACAGGCAGCUGAUGAGACUAUUAUUCAGUUUUCCACGGCACUCAAGAAGAUGUCCGAGUUUUGUGAAUUUGCUACCAGUUUGAAUGAGUCUUUGCGUGAUCAAUUCAUAUGGUGCGUUAAGGACAAUAAUAUUAAAAAAAAAACUAUUAUCAGAAGGUACUAUAACCUUUAA